ACUUCCCCAGAACACAGUGAUUUUUCCAAGCAGCCGACAGUAAACCAUGAAUCUCGUCGCUUAUUUUCUACUCUUUGUGCUCCCGAUGGUUCACAGGAGCGCUGCUCAAGAGCUUGGUAAACUGCGACUAUUGCCUGACCGUGAGGACAAAAUUUAUCUGAAAGGAGAAUCGGUCACUUUUCGUUGUGAGGCAGAUCGUGCACUUACACCCCGUGGAUUUUCAUUGUAUGGCGGAGGACAUAAUUUGGAAAUAAAACCCCAGGCAGCCAGCUCACUGACAAAAGCGGUCACAUUUACCAUCACGGACAUGCAAUAUGGACCAAGAAAUUACAUGUGCUUUUAUUCAAGCUACGUUACUGGGGCAACAUCUGCGCGAAGUGAUGAAGUGGAGAUAACGGUUGUGGGUCCUCCAGCGAAACCACAGCUAUCAAACGACAGAGCAAAUAAAACAUUUGUGUCAGGUGAAGAGGUGAUUUUCAUUUGUGCAACACCAUACUCUGUGGACUCGAACAACGGUUUUGCCCUGUAUCGAGACGAGCAACCUGUGUUAUCAAAACCUAGCGAUAUUGGAUGGUUCUACGGGGCCACGUUCACCAUCAGAGUCACCGGCUGUGGGUCACAAAAUUACUACUGUGUUCAGACAUGGCGGGUGUCUGGGAGAAACAUAUCCUCACAGAAGAGUGAACCAGUGAAGAUAACGGUAGUGGGUCCUCCACCGAAACCACUCCUAACAACUGACGGAGCAGAUAAAACAUUUGUGUUAGGUGAAGAGGUGAUUUUCACUUGUGCAGCAAUCUUCCCUAGACAAUGGAACAGCAGUUUUGUCCUGUAUCGAGACGAGCAACCUGUGUUAUCAAAACCCAGAGAUAGUGGAUGGGUAGACGGGGUCAAGUUCACCAUCAGAAUCACGAGCUCUGGGUCACAGAAUUACCAUUGUGUUCAGAUGUGCCUGGUGUCUGGGAGAAAUGUAUCUUCAGAGAAGAGUGAACCAGUGAAGUUAACGGUAGUGGAAAAGGCCUUUCAAGCGUGGAUGCCAGCUUUAGGUGUCUUGGCGCUGAUCCCCGUGAGUGUUCUGCUGGGUAUCUGCUGCUGGAGAAAAGGGAAGUCCAGAAGCCACAGAAGAAUGAGGACAACGGCACCUCCUCAAGACCAAAUAUAUGAGAGCGUCGAUACCAAUGUCACAGACCAGGGUGAAACGAGGACUCCGCCAAGUGAUGAAGACCAAAUUAACUGCAAUAUCUUAUAUGCUGAUCUGAACAUGAAACCUCAACCGAAGGAACAUUACGUUGCGCAAGAAAACUUCAAAAUCCCCGAUGACGAUGGGACGGUCUACGCCUCUGUGAAGCUGUAAUAGGUUGGAAGGUCUUCAGGGAUGCUGCGACCACUUCGCAAUGUGCUCGGUGCCGACUAAAGCGAUGACAAUGGAGACUUAGCCUGCUGCACAGCAUCCAGCAAUACUUCAUGCCUGCAAUCUUUUGAAAGCAUUGAAAUGAGCAAGUUAUAUUAGUCUUUCUUGAUAUGCGAUUUUACAAGCACCUCCCAGGCCAAUCCUUCUUCCCCAAACAUGCAUGUGGUUUCCAGAGUAUGGUCCGGUCUUCGAUUCACUUAGUCGUUAAAGACCAGCCGUCUGGGCUGCUUCUUAGCAGAGAACGUGCAAGAUUGUCCUCAAGUAGGCCAUUUGGCCCUUCGAGUGAGUCCCCCCAUUCCAUUGCAUAUUAGAAAAUCCUCCGUCUUACUAACAUAAUAGCGCCUUAGUAGAGAGCACCAAAUAUUGUUUCAUGAAGAACAUAACACCAAAUACGUUCUUAAUGCCUGACGUAUUCUUACACCACUGUAACCCUUGCUCCAAACGAAGCAUUGGCUUGCACCUAACCUGCCAAGACCAUUAAUAACCUUGAAUAUGCCAAUGAGAUCGCGUAAAUUCAAUGGUUUAAAAUGCAGAAUAAAAUAAAAGAUAAACUUUUUUUACAAUAUUGCCACAGCAAGUAGAUAUUCCUAUUAGAGGAAGACAGGACCAAAGGACAAUCGUCAUUGAUCCAUAAUAAUUACUGUGAAAUGCAAUUCAAUGAAUGUACAUAUCCUUGGUAACAGGAUUUUGCCUUCCAAAUAGCUUGAUGGACCUGCACAUUAAAUUCAGUGAUGCUUGCAGACACGGAAUCCUCAAAAAAAACAACACUUUACAGCACUUAAAAUAACUCUGCUGUUAUUUUCCAACGUGCACGAUUUAAUAUUUUCCCACAAAUUAGAUUCCGCUUGCCAUGUACGUAAAUUGUAAUUUCAGCGUAUAACUGAAACGAGGGUGCGUCGUGAUGAUCACCCCAUUUAUAGGAACCGUAAAUCAGUGUUAGCAGCGCGAUAUUGCAUUACCUCUGGAUCUGGGUCUGUUCUUUUCCUGACCUCUGCCAUACGCUGUGCCAUAUUUAUGAUCAAGACCCCACUAUUUAUUGCAAGGGACACAUAUUACAGCAACCGGUACUUACGGUUUGUAAAGUGUGUGAAGUCACAUGCGUUUGAAUAUUUAGUAAUAACUUCGAAUAUUUAACUAACGUUGAAAUUUAACAAAACUGUAACUUUCAAUAUUUUAUCAAACGCCUUGUAGAUUUAAAUGAUUUACUAACAUAGCGACGGUGUUUAUUCAUCUAUUAACAACCUCCAUUCAGGUCGAAAGCGAAUAAUACUAGAGAGCACCCUAACUGACAGGGAGUUAUAAAAUCAUACCACACAGAAACAGGCUCCUCGACUCACGAUAGCCAAGCCUCCAUUUACACUCUAACUGACCCGUAGCCUUUUAUGCCUUGGCGAUUGAACUGUUCAAGUAGAUACUUCUCAGAUGUUGCAACAAUACCAACUGUUAGCCCUCCACCGUAGAAGUGCUCUCCAGAUACCCACCAUCUGGGAUAAAAAUAUACCACUCAGAUCCCCUCUAAGGCUUUCGGUAACAUUAUACCCUCUGGUUAUGGACACUGUUGUGAAGUAAAACGUUUCCAACUGUCUACGUGUUCUACCGAACUAUUUCGCUCAUAACUUCGUACACCGCGGUUCAGCUCCCUUAUCAGCCUCCGCCUAAUCAACCACGUGCAUAGUCGAUCUAGCGACAAGAUUGUGCAAGCCGUCAUAGUUUACUUCGAAUCUCUGGGAGUCCAUAUAAUAGGUAAUGAAAUGACUCUGCCGGUGUUUCCGUCUGAACGCUUACAAUGCGUGCUAUUUCGAUUGACUUAUAUUUUUGUAAGAAACAUCGGAAAUAAAAAAAUAUAACAGA